AAAUAAGGUUAGGGCACGUGAUUAUUAGGGUUAGGGUUGGGAUUAGCACUAGCCCUGUUAACAUCUCGUGACCUUUGACCAAACUUGAAGUUGGCCUUAUCAAAUAGAUCUAACCUUACAUCGGGAGCGUUCAUAACAGAAUAUUUACUCGACGUGACGAAAGCUUGGAUUUUCGAUAGUUAGUUAAGUGUAAGAAUUCAGAAUGGGUUUAAUACUUAUAUCAUCUGUGGUUUUACUGGUGACUUACCUCAUCAUAAAAUGGUUUAAAGAUCAACAUAAAACACCCCUACCUCCAGGUCCAGGAUUAUUAGAAUGUUUAAAAAUUACAUGGCAUAUGAUAAGAAAGAACGACAUCCAUUUAAUCGGCGAAGAACUUGCAAGGCGUUAUGGAGACAUUUUCAUCAUCAGAAUCUUUUCAGUCAACACGGUAUUCCUGAACAGUAGUCGAAUAAUGCGUAAAGUUUUCUCCUCCAGCCAUUAUCGAGAUGUUACCAAUGAUCGACCACCAACAUUCUUUAGUGAGUACAUCUUUUAUGGCGGCAAAGAUUUGACUUUACGAAAUAAUGAUGACUUACUUGUGAAGAUAAGGCAGAUAAUACAUCGAUCCAUGAAGAUGUACGGAGAUGGUGUCAAGGUGUUCGAGGAUAUGGUUAAUUCGGAGAUAGAGCUUCUGAAAAUUAAACUUCGGUCUGCAGACAAUAAACCUACAUUCGAUUUAGACAGUGCUUUAACAGUUUCCAUAAUACGAAUAUUGCACAUAUUUUUAACGAACGAAACUCCAGAUGAGGCUGCAGAAAUAUGCUCCGUCAUCAAAGAAUAUGAUCAUUUUGCCAAUGUACUUUUCAAUUUUUCCAACAAUAUGGUUCUCACACUUUUUCCAUGGCUUCGUUUUGUACCUGGACAAUUCCGUGAUAUGUACAUGAAAAUGAAAAAUGUUCAAAAUCGGCUGCAUGAUUUAUACUUAAAUGAUAGAAUUAAAAAGAGAAUAGGUUCUAACGGUAAAGGCGUGCUGGCUCAUAUACUGGCGGAAUUCGAAGUUGAUGAUCAGUUCGAUGAGUUUUACGUCAAGAGCGUCCUUGGUAACCUAGUUGUUGCUGGAUACCUAACUACUAAAGGUGCUUUAAGUGGAUUCUUUUUGUUGAUGCUUUACUACCCAGAAGUUCAACAGCGAAUUCAAGAAGAAAUAGAUGAGAAUAUUGGCAAAGAGAGGGUGCCAAGUUUAGAUGAUCGGCCAGUAAUGCACUACACAAACGCGUGUAUUUUAGAAUGCUUACGAUUCAUUGGUCACGUUCCGUUCGCCGUACCCCACAGAAACAAGGUAGAGAUAGAAAUAGAGGGAAUGAGGAUUCCAGCAAAUACGACACUUAUCCCCAACAUGUGGACUAUGGCGCAUUCUGAUAAAGCAUGGGAUAGACAUGAUGAAUUUUUGCCGGGAAGGUUUUUAGGUGAUGAUGGUAAACUACUUCCUGUUGACCACCCAUUACGAUCACAAUUAAUACCAUUUGGAACCGGGAGGAGAGUGUGUGUAGGGGAGUCCUUCGCUAAAUCUCGUAUAUUUCUGUUUGUAACGUUAUUAUUACAGAAAUUUAACUUUUCACCUGAUGAAAACAAACUAGCACCUUUACAUUCAUCCCUAUGGAAACCCGAAGCGGUUCUUCAUCCUGGUUUCCUGAACUGUGUCGUGCGCGUUAGAUGAACUAGCUACACAACUCAUCAUGUCAAGUAACCCAGAUUAUCUUUAAUUUGGCAUUUCGAUAUUUUGAUUGUAUAUGCCAUUUAACUAGUUCCUCUCGGGACGGCCUCGGCCCUCUGGUCGUUCCUGUACGUCAUUAUUAAGCUGCCGACCCCUAUUCCAAGGCUAUGUUUUAGCCCUACCCUUUUUUUCGCCACAGUUCUUCUCUAUUCCCCAAAAUAGCCUUGGGGUUGGGGGUAUAGAGCGAUAUUUUCAUAUUGCAGUAUAAUAUGACGGGAACGGUAUGGGGAUAUUGUCCGUCCUGGGAUCGUUCGGAAAGGAUUUAGGUCUACAUAUCUAUACAUGCAAAGCAGUAAUAAUUUUGCGAAAUGACCGCUGUGCUACCCUUGUAGUUAUUUAAGAAAUAAAAAUACGAAUUAUCGGAGAACGUCUGUAAAAAAAUUCAAGUGUAGAUUUGUUAUAUGAAUCAGGUAUAAGUAUAUAUAUUGUUUACAAGAAGGGAACUAGAGGUCAAACAGAUUUAGCAGGCAUAUGGGCCUUUUAUUUUUGUGAGCGUUGUAAUACUAUUUGGUAAUUUAUGCGAAAUUGCAUUAGGUGAAUAUAAGUGCACUAGAGGACAUGAUUCAUAAUUUGAUAAAUACAUAUGUUAUCUGUCUUCUCUGUUGUCCAAAUAUUGUCGUUGCGACCAAAUUAUAUCAUGGACCAAAUAUUGGUUUCAAAUUCAUAGACAAGGAAUACGAUGGCUGAAACAAUACGGUUAUCAUACCCAAAAAUGUAGAAAGUAUGCUGGUUAUUUUGAUACUUUAACGGAGGUAUAGAUUAAUGAACAUGUUGGUCAUUCAAAUGUUUCUUUGUUAUAAAACGUAUAUCAUAUUUGUUGAUCAAAUUAGGUAAUAAUCCGUGUCAGAUAUCCAGGGUAUGGUGCAUAUCUCUUCCAUAUUUGGAAUUUAGCUGUUAUCGAUCUAUGACGUAAAUCAAUUAGGGGUAAAUUCUUUAAAGUCAGACACCGCCUGGGUUCUUUAGAUGUAGCGGUUUCCUGAAUCUAGCCACGCUGGUUAGACUUUUGCGGGAGUUGGGGUUGAGAGAAAGAGAUGUUAAUUUUAAAUACUGUAAUGUUGUGUAACUGUUGUAACAUAAAACCGUAUAUAGAAAUAAAACUAUUGUUGUUUC